AUGGGUAGCAGCGAAGGGCAGCAGACGUUCUGUCUGAAAUGGAACCAUCACAAGACCAAUCUGGUAGAGAUCUUGGAGGCGCUCAUAAAAGUGGAGACGUACGUCGACUGCACCUUGGUCGUUGACGACCAGGUCACGUUCAAAGCGCACCGAGUAGUGCUCGCCGCCAACUCGCCGUAUUUCCAGUCCAUACUUGCCGAUGUGCCGAUGGACCACUGCAGCAUUCUGUUCCCCGGCGUCAAGGACUUCGAAAUGCGCGCUCUCCUCGAGUACAUGUACACGGGCGAGGUGAACGUGACGCAGGCCCACAUCCCGCGCAUUAUGAAGGUAGCCGAAGAGCUGGAGGUGAAGGGCCUGUUCGACAUGACGGAACUGCGCCGUCGUCCGGGCAGUAGCGAGAGGACGCCAGCCGCGUCCCCCCCUAGGGUGGUCCCCGCCGCGCCCUCCAGCGUUUCGCCCCCCGCCUCAGCCCCCGCGCUCUCCUGCCGGUGGCCUCCCCCGCCGGCGCCCGCCCUCUCCGCCGCCUACGAGUCCCCGGACAUGAACCCACUGAAACGCAAGAAGCUCUCCAGCAUGCUGGCCACCCGCGACACGCCGAUCCUGCGCAACGUCCUCGCCCAGGCCACGCCGGUGGACUCCUCGCAGCCCAUGUCCCUCGUGUGCCACCCCGUCAGCCAGCACGCGCCCCCGCGUCUCCACUCCAACGGGUCCGCUCACGAGUCCGAUCGGCCGCCGAGUCCGCAGCGCGCGUUCGACUACCGCCCGCGCCGAAUGUCCUCGCGCGCCACCUCCCCGCACUACAACCGGUCCGACCGCUCUGAGGACGCCCACUCGCCCUACACGGAGCGCUCCUUCGAGGAGGACAACUCGCGCACCUUCCACCCCUCGCCGCCGCCACCGAACUUCCAGCAGGACGUCAGGGCGGGCCUGGCGCCGUACGUGCCGCCCCAACAGAAGCCCGAGUGGAAGCGGUACAAGCAGUACACGAGAUCCGACAUAAUGUCGGCGAUCGAAUGCGUCAGGAACGGAAUGAGCGCGUUGCAGGCGUCGCGCAAGUACGGCGUGCCGUCGCGCACCCUUUACGACAAAGUGAAGAAGCUCGGCAUAACGACGAGCCGACCGAUGAGCCGGGGAGUGAAGAGGGAGUCGAACGGCGCCGCCUUCCCGUACGGCUUGAGCGGCACUGGGGGUAACGACGAAGGUACGCCGGCCACCCCCCUUAUAGAUCCGUCCUUCCUGCAACAAGCGUUGGAGGGCGCCACGAGGGACGGGGGCCGCGAGGCGCUGCACGCCAUGGCCCUGGCGGCCGCGGCGCACGCAGCGCUGGCGCCGCGCACGCCGCCCAGGUCGGCGCCGCAGUCGCCGCACACGCCGCCGCCCGACGAAGACCACGUGGAGGACCUGUCCGUGUCCCGGCGCAGAGACGCCGACCCGCCCGCCGGAGUCAUCGUGCCGCCCCGCAACUUCGCGCUCGACUGCAGCAGCGAGAGAGAC